ACAAUUAUUACUUCUUCUUUAAGAACGUCACAUCAACAUAGAUCCAGACAGAAGGAGCAAAGCAGCUUUGAAGCAUUAACUCCGUCUGUACUGGAUAGAAGAAGCCAUCGCUGAGACAUCACCAUGACAGAUAUGCAUGAAAAUUUUACCAUCACCACAAUGGCGGAUUAUUCUUAUUAUUAUGAUUACAAUGACACCUUUGCACCCUGCGACUAUGUUGAGAUGAUAAGCUUCAGCAAGACGUAUCUGGUCACUCUCUACAGUUUCGUGUUCAUCCUGGGUUUCUUAGGUAAUGGACUAGUGGUUUGUGUCCUGGUGAAGCACAGUAAAAAGGCCAACGUCACAGACUUGUGUCUCUUCAACCUGGCCCUCUCUGACCUCCUCUUCAUUCUCACGCUGCCUUUCUACUCCCACUAUAUCAUGGUGAACCAUUGGACUUUUGGAGACUUUAUGUGCCGUUUCAGCUCAUGGAUGCACCAGACUGGUUUCUUCAGCAGCAUCUUCUUCAUGGUUGCCAUGACUCUGGACCGCUAUGUGGUCAUCAUGUACACUCACAGAGUGUCACAAUACCGCAGAAUGAAGGGAUGCCUUGGUUUGUGCUUGGUUGUUUGGUUCUUGAGCUUGUUUGUUUCUCUGCCAACUUUAUGCUUUACAAAGGAAACAAAUGAGACUCACAGGCUGGGAUGCUCUUAUUCGCCGGAAAAUAAAAAUUGGAUCCUAUAUGAACAUUUUGCAACAAAUGUGUUGGGUUUAAUAAUUCCCUUGUCGGUGAUGGUGUUUUGCUACUCCAGGAUUAUCCCCACACUGGUGAACCUGAAGACUAUAAAAAGACACCGUGUUAUUAAACUGAUCAUUGCUAUCAUGGUUAUCUUCUUCUUGUUCUGGGCUCCCUAUAACAUUUCACUUUUUCUGAAGUUUCUGUUUUCAAAUGGUACAAUCCCAAGCAGCUGCGACAUGGACACGCAGAUUAAACUGUCAGUAAUAGUGACUGAGGCUCUUGCUUACACUCACUGCUGCCUAAACCCCAUCAUUUAUGCCUUUGUGGGCCAGAAGUUUAUGAAACGAGCCUUGCAGAUUGUGAAGUCGGUGCGUUUCACCUCAUAUGCCUCAUCCAGGAAAAGUUCAGUCGUGUCCCGAUCCUCUGAUGUUACCCACGCUGCAGUAAUGUAGCAAGUACAUGUUAAUGUAAUACAAUCCUUGAACUUGACCUGCAAGUACUGAAGUCGUUUCAUUUGACUCACGUUGGAGACCAUUCCUGGUUCGUGUGGCAAUAAUUAGUUAAGUUUCUUUUUACAGUUCCAGUUUCCAUUUAAGGUUAAACCCCUUUAUUAUAAUCUCUGAAAUUGCAAUGGCGUGUUUUGUUUUGAUCAAUGCACUUCCUUUUUCCCUGCUGACGUUGGCAGAACCAUUACUGUACAUCAAAACAGACUUCAUGUUUGCGACAGCUUGCAACCACAAAGUUUGCAGUUGUUUUCGUGGAACUUUUUUUACCAUUUUGUUUGCCAUGGGGAAAAACGUAGUGAUAAUAAUUCACAUUUUCAGAAGUAGAGCUAGUUUAUAUGGCAUAUCUUGUACAUAUGAAAGUUGUUAUUCGUCAGUCUGUUUACAAUGGAAAACCAUUGUCAUUUUGCCUUUUAUCGAAACUUGAUCAUAUUUUAACCAGUUUUUAUCUAUUGUUCUUUUUCCUUUAUUUCUAUCUGUUUUUAUUUCAAAUCAUGCUUUUUAUUUCUCCUAUGUGAUGUUUUAAUGUCUCAGUAAAGCACUUUUAUUCACCUUGUUGUUCAAUUGUGCUAUACAAAUAAACUUGCCUUGCCUAUAUUUGUAAAAAAAUGUACAGUGGGCUGCAUGUACCUUUUUAUUUUGAAUAUAUAAUUCUUUAUUCUGAGAUGCUUUCAAAAUCAUUACAGAUAUUUGUACAAACUCCAUAAAGUGACUUCUUUAAUGGAUUUAUAUA